CGGUGUUCGUCUCACAAUCGCGGACAAGGGGCUGACACCGCGCAUUGCAGACCGUCCACGCUGGAAUACGCACUCCAGGAGUGGAACUAAAGAAGAAAAAGGCAUUUUGUUUGUCAAUUUUUAUUGUCGGGUAAAGACGGCGGAGGAAUAAAGCAGGAUUUUAACAGCGGGGUGUUGGAGCUGCAGCAGCCGUGUUUCAGGUCUCUUUGAGCGGGCUAACAGCUGUAACCAUGCCAGUGUUCCACACGAAGACCAUCGAGGGCAUCCUUGAGCCGGUGGCCCAGCAGAUCUCCCACCUGGUCAUCAUGCACGAGGACGGGGAGGUGGACGGGAAGGCCAUCCCGGAUUUGACCGGCCCGGUGGCCGCGGUACAAGCAGCGGUCAGUAACCUUGUCAGGGUGGGAAAGGAGACUGUUCAGACAACAGAGGACCAGGUGAUGAAGAGAGACAUGCCUCCCGCCUUCAUAAAGGUGGAGAAUGCGUGUUCUAAGCUCGUGCAGGCAGCUCAGAUGUUGAAGGCGGAUCCCUACUCUGUCCCUGCCAGAGACUACCUCAUUGACGGUUCCAGAGGAAUCCUGUCUGGAACCUCAGACCUGCUGCUCACUUUCGACGAAGCUGAGGUGCGUAAGAUCAUUCGUGUGUGUAAGGGGAUCCUGGAGUAUUUGACUGUAGCUGAGAUUGUGGAGACCAUGGAGGACCUGAUCACCUACACCAAGAACCUAGGACCAGGUAUGACUAAGAUGUCUAAGAUGAUUGAGGAGCGACAGCAGGAGUUGACCCAUCAGGAACACAGACAGAUGCUAUUCAACUCCCUGAACACUGUCAAACAACUACUGCCUGUACUCAUAUCAGCCAUAAAGAUAUUUGUAGCGACUAAGAGCACGCAUAGUGCUGGGGUGGAUGAGGCAGAGAGAAACAGAUGCUUUACGUUUGAGAAGAUGAGUGCUGAGAUUAGUGAGAUCAUCAGAGUCCUACAGCUUACCACCUGGGAUGAAGACACAUGGGCCAACAAGGACAUGGAGUGUAUGAAACGUUCUCUGGCGGUGAUAGAGGCUAAGAUGACCAUGGCGAAAGGCUGGCUCAAAUACUCCCAUGGACAACCAGGCGAGCCUGGGGAUGUAGCGGUGCGCGUGAUAUUGGAUGAGGCAGGGAAGGUAGGAGAACUGUGUGCUGGAAGGGAACGCAGAGACACACUUGGAGCAGCAAAGACUCUGGGACAGAUGACUGACCAGGUCACAGAGCUACGUGUCAGAGGACAUGGUCUGUCCCCACCAUGUGUUCAGCGGGCCAGUCAGUGUUCUCAGGGUCUGGACCUGUUGCUUGGGAAAGUGGACGGUGCCACCCACAGGCUCGAGGCUUUAACUAAAGCUAAACUGGCAUUCGCUAGGAGACUGGAUGCUGCCCAGGCAUGGCUGGCAGAUCCUAAUGGGGGUCCAGAGGGUGCAGAAAACAUCAGAGCCUUGCUGGCCAAUGCCCAAAAAAUCGCUGACCUGUGCGAAGACCUCCUCGAGAGAGACGACAUCCAGAGAUCCAUCAAUGAGAUUGCGGGGCUCACCGCACGACUAGUGGAGCUACGCAAGCGGGGUAAAGGGGACAGUCCAGAGGUGCGUGCGCUAUGUAAACUCAUUGGAGCAGCUCUCCUGACCCUGCAGGCUAAGACCAACAGAGCGGUGGCCAACAUGAGGCCUGCCAAACCAGCCAUCACUCUGCAAGGCAAGAUGGAGCAGGCCCUACGCUGGGUCAACAACCCUGGACAGGAUGACAGGGGUGUGGUGUGUGAGCGGCCACAGCACAACACAGGUCAGGCAGCAAUCCGGGGCUUGUUAUCGGAGGGCCGCCGGUUGGCUGGAGGGCUGGGGGGGCCGUAUCGGCAGGACAUGAUUGUCUGCUGCGAUCGCAAUGAGGCGCUGAUGACAUCACUGGCAGACAUAGCGGGGAGGGGAGAGGCCGAAGCCCCGCAGGCUAAAGCUACUGCUUCACAACUACAGGAAAGUCUGAAGGACUUGAAGGGUCGUAUGCAGGAAGUCAUGACCCAGGAAGUAUCCGAUGUGUUCAGUGACACCACCACCCCCAUUAAACUACUGGCUGUGUCUGCGACUGCCCCCCCAGAGGCCCCACACAGAGAAGAGGUGUUUGAUGAGCGUGCUGGUAACUUUGAGGCCCAUGCGGGUCGCCUGGGCGCAACAGCGGAGAAGGCGGCGGCCGUGGGAUCAGCUAAUAAAAACACAGUUGAGGGAAUACAGGCUACCGUUAAACACACCAGAGAACUCACUCCACAGGUGACCUCCGCAGCUCGUAUCCUGUUGAAGAAUCCAGGUAACCAGGCGGCCUACGAACACUUUGACACCAUGAAGAACCAGUGGAUCGACAAUGUAGAGAAACUCACUGGUCUGGUGGAUGAAGCCAUAGACACCAAGUCUCUGCUGGAUGCGUCUGAGGAGGCGAUAAAGAAGGACAUCGAUAAGUGUCGUGUCGCCAUAGCGAAUGUACAGCCACAGAUGCUAGUUGCCGGGGCGACCAGCAUAGCUCGGCGAGCCAAUCGCGUACUUCUGGUAGCGAAGAGAGAGGUGGAGAACUCAGAGGACCCAUGGUUCAGAGAAGCAGUGAAACGUGCAUCAGAUAUACUUAGCCACACUAUAUCACCUAUGGUUAUAGACGCUAAGGCUGUGGCCGGAAAUAUACAGUACCCAGCCCUUCAGAAGGCCUUUUUAGAUUCUUGCCUCAGAAUUCUGGCUGCUGUUGGGAAGGUCAGAGAAGCCUUCAGCCUCCCGGAACCAGACUUCCCCCCUCCACCCCCAGACCUAGACAAGCUACACGUGAGUGAUCAGGAGCAGGCCCCGCCUAAGCCCCCCCUACCAGAGGGAGAGGUGCCCCCACCCCGCCCCCCACCUCCAGAGGAGAAAGAGAGAGACAAAGAUGAAGACUUUCCAGAGCAGAAGGCAGGAGAGCUGCUCAGUGAGCCCAUGAUGGUGGCUGCUAGGCAACUACACGAUGAGGCACGCAAGUGGUCCAGCAAGCCUGAGGAAGAGGAGGGUGUAGAGGUAGAUGAUGAAGACGAGUUUACUGACGGUGAGGAUGACUAUGAGCCAGAGCUGUUAAUGAUGCCGUCUAAUGGCAAUGCAGUAAAUCAACCCAUCCUAGCCGCCGCACAAUCGCUUCAUCAGGAGGCGCGCAAGUGGUCCAGCAAGGGAAAUGACAUCAUUGCGGCGGCCAAGAGGAUGGCGUUGCUGAUGGCUGAGAUGUCUCGGUUGGUACGUGGCGGCAGCGGUAAUAAGCGGGCUAUGAUCCAGUGUGCUAAAGACAUUGCCAAAGCCUCGGAUGAGGUCACCCGGUUGGCCAAAGAGGUGGCCAAGCAGUGUACUGACCGACGCAUCAGAACCAACCUGCUGCAGGUGUGUGAGCGUAUCCCCACCAUCAGUACUCAGCUGAAGAUCCUGUCAACAGUCAAAGCCACCAUGCUGGGACGAACCAACAUCAGCGAGGAGGAGUCUGAACAAGCUACAGAGAUGCUGGUCCAUAAUGCCCAGAACCUGAUGCUGUCAGUCAAGGAGACCGUGAGAGAGGCCGAGGCUGCUUCAAUCAAGAUCCGCACCGAUGCAGGCUUCACCCUGCGCUGGGUCCGCAAGACCCCCUGGUACCAGUAACACACACUGGUGCCAACAUACACAUACAAACAAACAGGUGUAGUUUUACGGCAUACUCUGUAUGUGUAGUUAGUAGAGUACACUUAACGACAUCCCUGUUGAAAUAAGUUUGAGUUGUUAGCUCCAAAGUUCAAUUUAUCCGUUACCAUGUUAUUAUGUAGGACAACAGCUUCAAUAUAUAUUUUUUGUAUGUUGGGUUUCAAGAGUUUUUUUAGCAUGAAGAGUUUUUAUAUUUUCUAAACAUGGUGACUUCUUUUUUUACCUGUCCCAUUCUAAAUGAAUGUCACCGGCCCACUUCAACCACUGGUACACAACGAAUGGGUUCUAAAUGCCACCCUAUUCCCUAUAUGUCGCACUACUUUUGACUACAGCCCUAUGGGUCCUGAUCAAAAGUAGAGCACUACAUAGGGAAUAGCAUGUGACAUACAGUGACAGCUUUGUUUGUAUGAUGUUAAUAUGAUAUGAAGUGAGUGAUAUGCUAUUUAUUGACUUCUGGAAGCUGUCAGGCUGGCGUGUUGGUUGGUGCUCAAGAGAUGCUUCCUGUGUUUUUACUGAAUUUUAUUUGACAUGUCACAAACAUCACCAAAGACUUUGUUUUACACCACUGUAUAUGAACAUACACUAUACACUACCGUUGGAAAGUUUGGAGUCACUUAGAAAUUUUGCCAAUUAAAAUAACACAAAAUUGAUCAGAAAUACAAUGUAGACAUUGUUAAUGUUUUAAAUGACUAUUGUAGCUAAAAACGGCAGAUUUUUUUAACGGAAUAUCUACAUUGGCGUACAGAGGCCCAUUAUCAGAAACCAUCACUCCUGCGUUCCAAUGGCACAUUGUUAGCUAAUCCACGUUUAUCAUUUUAAAAAUGCUAAUUGAUUAUUAGAAAACCCUUUUGCAAUUAUGUAAGCACAGCUGAAAACGGUUGUGCUGAUUUAAAGAAGCAAUGAAACUGGCCUUCAUUAGACUAAUUGAGUAUUUGGAGCAUCAGCAUGUGUGAGUUUGAUUACAGGCUCAAAAUGGCUCGAAACAAAACUUUCUUCUGAAACUCGUCAGUCUUAUUGCUUAAGGCCAGACUUAAGGCCAGUUUUAUUGCUUUCUUAAUCAGGACAACAGUUUUCGGCUGUGCUAACAUAAUUGCAAAAGGGUUUUCUAAUGAUCAAUUAGGCUUUUAGCUAACACAACGUGCCAUUGGAACACGGGAGUGAUGGUUGCUGAUAAUGGGCCUCUGAACGUCUAUGUAGAUAUUCCACAAAAAAAUCUGCCGUUUCCAGCUACAAUAGUCGUUUACAACGUGUCUAAACUGUAUUUCUGAUCCAUUUGAUGUUAUUUUAAAUGGACAAAAAACGUGCUUUUCUUUCAAAAACGAGGACAUUUCUAAGUGACUCCAAACUUUUGAACAAUAGUGUUUAUACAAAAGUAUGUGGACACCCCUUCAAAUUAGUGGGUUUGGUAUAUUUCAGCCACACCCGUUGCUGGCAGGUGUAUAAAAUCGAGCACACAAUCAUGCAAUCUCCAGAGACAAACAAUGGCAGUAGAAUGGCCUUACUGAAGAGAUCAGUGAUUUUCAACGGGCACCGUCAUAGGAUGCCACCUUUCCAACAUGUCAGUUCAUCAAAUUUUUGCCCUGCUAGAGCUGCCACGGUCAACAGUAAGUGCUGCUAUUGUGAAGUGGAAACGUAUAGGAGCAACAAAGGCUCAAUGGUAGGCCACACAAGCUCACAGAACGGUAACACAGAGUGCAGAGGCGCGUAAAAAUUGUGUGUCCUUGGUUGCAACACUCACUACCGACUUCUAAACUUCCUCUGGAAGCAUUGUCAGCACAAGAACUGUUCGUCGGGAGCUUCAUGAAAUGGGUUUCCAUGGCCGAGCAGCACAAGCCUAAGAUCACCAUGUGCAAUGCCAAGUGUCGGCUGGAGUGGUGUAAAGCUUUCCGCCAUUGGACUCUGGAGCAGUGGAAACGCGUUCUCUGGAGUGAUGAAUCACGCUUCACCAUCUGGCAUUCUUGAUGGCCGAAUCUGGGUUUGCUGUUUCCCAAGAAAGAGCUACAUGCCCCAAUGCAUAGUAUCAACUGUAAAGAUUGGUGGAGGAGUAAUAAUGGUCUGGGGAAGUUUUCCAAAGUUCGGGCUAGGCCCCUUAAUUCCAGUGAAGGGAAGUCUUAACGCUACAGUAUUCAAUGCCAUUCUAGACGAUUCUGUGCUUCCAACUGUGUGGCAACAGUUUGUAGAAGGCCCUUUCCUGUUUCAGCAUGACAAUGCUCUCAUGCACAAAGCAAGGUCUAUACAGAACUGGUUUGUCGAGAUCGGUGUGGAAGAACUUGACCCCAUCGGACACCUUUGGCAUGAAUUGGAACGCCAACUGCGAGCCAGGCCUAAUCACCCAACAUCAGUGCCCGACCUCAAUCAUGCAUGCUCUUGCGGCUGAAUGGAAGCAAGUCCCCGCAGCAAUGUUCCAACAUCUAGAGGAAAUCCUUCCCAGAAGAGUGGUGGCUGUUAUAGCAUCAAAGGAAGGACCAACUCCAUUUUAAUGCCCAUGAUUUUGUAAUGAGAUGUUUGAUGAGCAGGUGUCCAUAUACUUUUGGUCAUGUAGUGUAUGAUAGGACUUUCUGACAACCUUAAAAGCACAAUUAAUGCAGAUGUAAAGAUCAAGUUAGAAAACACUGAAUGUACUCAAGUUUAUUAGAACCUUGUUUUCUGGAGUUCAAAAAGACAAUUAAAUAAGAUUGUUUUGCAGUGUGAUUGUGACACUGAUUAGAUUAUUAUUUUCUGUAUGUUCCAUGUAACAGUUGAACUGUUAGUUUGGUACUUUUUCAUGAGUGAACACUAAAGCCAAUCUUUACAGUUA